AACAGUGGCUCUCCAUCCCGACCGUGUAGAUUUCUUGUCACUGGGCCUAAUAAUGAAACAGCUGCUCGUGACCACGUUCAAAUCAAACAAUUCGAGUAUUCAAGGUAAAGCAAACAUUUUUUUUUUAGCGGCUGCCAUGUUCCUACAGUAGAUUCUGCCUCUGGGUUAUACGUGUUCAAACCCAACAUGCCGUCCCAUUAUUUACAGGCCAGCAAGAUGCGCAAUUCUUUGAGUGUUACUACAGUGCAGGUUCAAGUGCGUGGCACUCCUCCUAAAUAAAAAACACACUUUGACCCGUUCGUGUCUGAAUGAAAGACGGUUGAGCGGCUUUACAAAAAAAAAAAAAACGGAGACCUGCUUUGUUGUUCUAUACCCCUUUCAAACUGUGUGAUUGCAUCAGUCGGUAGGGAUUUGGAAUCCAUUGGAGGUCUUCAACACUCGACCCUCAUGGAGUUAUACGCCUUCACUUCUUGAAGUUUUUGAGGGAAAACGCUUCAGGGGCAGAUCAGAUCGAGCACCCGUAAUUACAAUGGCAGCGCCCGUGGACGUCAAGGAAAAGACAGCACCAGUCAUUGACUGGAGCGUGUGGGCAAGGACACCGGGACUAGAGAAAUUUGGUCCAGGGUCUAAAGUGGAGCUCAUCGACGGUGGAGUCAUCAACUUCGUGUACCGGGUGCGGAGCGACAAGGACGAUAAACUGACAGUCGUGGUGAAGAACAGCGAGCCGUAUGUAAAGGCGUUUACCAUGCAGCCUCUGAGCCCAGAGAGAGCGCGUGUGGAGAUCUGGGCAAUGCGGAAGAUGGACACCAUCGUGCCCGGCUCAGUACCCACGCCGUACCUGCACCAACCUGACCAAAACUUCAUGGUCUUGGAGGACCUUGGUGGCUAUCAGCUCUUAAGGGAGCAGCUGAACCUGGGCCGGUUCGACAUUUCCCUGGUCUGGGAGCUGGUCCGCCGUAUCGCCAAGCUGCACCGGGUCACCCACCGAGUCACAAUCGACGAGGCUUCCCAUCGUGAAAUGAUUCAGUUCUGCACCUUGAACGACAUGCAGUUCAUUCGCACCACGGUCCUGUUCGACGACCCAAUCGACCAGAAGGGCGAGGGUGGGCAGUACGCCCGGGAGGUGGAGGCGUUCACCGGAGAUCAGACCCUGUACCCCAAUUGGCUCAAGCUACGGUCCGUGGCCGAGAAGAACCACGACUGCCUGGCCCACGGCGACUUCCACACCAGCUCCGUCAUGAUCAUGGGUUCCUCCAUCAAGAUUUUUGAUUUCGAGAUGGCGCACAUGGGACCUGCCGGCACGGACCUGGGCCACAUGUUGUGCAACUUUGUCAAGCCUUAUUUCGACCACAAGUGCUAUCCAGUAAAAGACGCGCCGGCCUACCACGAACAGCUGAAGACAGCGUUGUAUGACAUCGUGGACGCAUAUUUCCAGGAAGCUAGGGAGUACUUGAGCGAUGCAGAUUUUGCCCGCACGAUAUCAGAAACGGCUGGCUUCACGGGCGCCAGACUCAUACGCAGGGUCUGGGGCUUCCAUGAGCCAGAUGAGGGUCUAAACGAGCCAUUGACUGACCAGGGGUGCCUGCGGGUAGGGCAGCGACUGAUCCGCGACUACGAGAAAAUCCAAACCACUCAAGAUCUAAAGCGAUAUUUAGUGGAGCAGGACGAAUGAUACAUGUAAUUUAGCUUGCGAGUGUCAGCGAGACCUUGUAAGAAUUUGCGAGAAUAUGGAGACUGCAUAGUGUGCUGCAUAUGUUGGCGGAAGUAUUUUCAGAUAGGGCUUUAAAAACUAAAGCUAGUUAUUUGCAAUAUGUAUCUUUAAAAGGGACAGAAAGAACCACUGACAUUUGAAAAAAAUGUUAGACCAAUGCAAAUUAAAGACCAAAAGUUUCUCACAUCUGCAUUUCACGCAGAGUUGGUAUAUCGCGCUUUUUAGAUGUGACAUCUUAAAAAAAAUAGAUUUUCAAACUGGAUUGAUAAAAUUAAUUUCUAGCAUCACAUCAGUUAUGAGCUUUCCACUGAGACAUCACACGAAAGAAACCAAACAAGUAUCUAUAUUAAUUAAUUGCAAGUUUUUAGUUAAGAGCGGGACGCUCCUAAUUCUCUCUGAAUAGUGUGCGCAAUUUCCGAACUGGAGCGCUCCAUUUAAAACAACUUUUGUAAAAACUGUUUUAAGGCCUGUAAUAAUAAACAAUUCCCUUUAAUUUUUCAGAA